GGUCAUUUUGGUAUGACAACCAUUGAAGAACUUGAGAUGGCAAUAGACACAUGUAAACGUAUGAUUAAAGAUGUCACCAGUGAUUCAGAGAAAAGUAAAAACCUUGUAAGGAAGUUGAUACAACUGAGGCUGAAGUUACAAGAGGCUAAGGAGGAGCCAGUCCAACUAGACAAGGACACAAAGUACAUUCUCGGGCAUCAGUUUAAACCAAUCAGUGGCAAGAGUUCAAAGCAUUACUGCGAGAGAUGCAACACUGUCAUUUGGGGAGUUUUGCAGACAUGGUAUAAGUGCAAAGAAUGUAGCUACAAUACACAUGCCAAGUGUCUUAACCAAAUAACGAGGGCAUGUGCCAGUGUGCGGGUGGCUGAGAACCCCAUCUAUAUUGUAGCUAUAUGCCCAGAUAAAGGCCUCUCUGCUCAGGGUUAUAGAUGUAUCGAAUGCAGGACAGUUUUAACAUACAAGACAGGUCCUGAACCAAGACAAUGCGACUAUACAGGGGGUUAUUACUGUGAUCUAUGCCAUUGGAACGAUGCAAUGAUUAUACCAGCCAGGGUUCUUCAUAACUGGGACUUUGAACCAAGAAAAGUGUGUAGGGCUUCCAAACAGUUUUUACGCCUCAUGUUAAACAAGGCUGUGAUCAGGAUACAAGACAUCAACCCAAUGUUAUUCAACUUUGUGGAUGAACUCAAUGAAGUCAAAAAACUGCGUGAAGAAAUCUUGAUUAUGAAGAAAUAUUUUCUGUCUUGUCCUGCAGCCUUAGAAAGUAAACUUCUUCUCCAGCUUCAGGGACGUCAACAUUUUGUUGAGAACUCAGACAUGUAUUCCCUCCAAGACUUGCUAGAUGUUGUAGAGGAUGUCUUGCUACCUGAACUUGCAAAGAUACAUGCAAGCUUUGCUCAACAUAUCAAAACAGAUUGCCAGCUAUGCCAAGCCAAGGGCUUCCUAUGUGAGUUAUGUGAUGAAGAUGAAGUCCUAUUUCCAUUUGAUAAUAUUGCUAUAGUCUGUUCCCAAUGUUCAACAGUGCUACAUAGACAUUGCUUGAUAAGGAAAGCUAAUAAGUGCCCCAAAUGUGAACGCAGGAAGAGACUUAACUAAGAACAAAACCCUGAGCUCGAAGUCUGAUCACAACCAUCUGAUUAAGAUCGAUCAUUCCACAGUUUGACACUCAACCAAUCAGAGCAUCGUAACAUUAAUAUGUUUUUUACAUAAAAUACAAGUAAAGAGAACUGUCCGAAAUCUAAUUGGGUGAUUGAAUUCAGAGGUUUGUGAAAAGAGUACGAGAUAUUAAGCUGUCCACUCUAAAAAUGGUUCAACAAUUUUUUGUUUGGGUUUAUGUGAUGGUGAACCUAUGGAAAUAGCCACUGUUAGAUUCUUCACCAGUAUUGGAUAUGAACCGAAAUUAAGGUGUAUAUUCAAGUCAGUCGUCGUCAUCUUUUAACAUGGUAAAUUGAAAGGAAUGGCAUCAGAAUUGAAGAAUUACAUUUAAAUGGUGCUUUUAGAUAUUUUUAUGUGAUUUUUACAUCAUUUAACCAAAAAACAUAUUUUGGAUAUGUUCAUCAGACUCAUGAGAAAUCAAAUUGACUUAUAUUUGAAUAGCACAUUGUACACAUAGUCGUAUAUUUCAAAAUAAGUUAUUUGUAAUUUCGUUCUGUAUAGAAUAUGAAGCAAUUAUAUAUUGUAGCAUUAUCAUGAAAUAUUUAUUACAUUAGAUGAACUAUUUUUACUCAACAAACAAAACAGAAAAAUGAACAAACAGAAAGUGUUCAUGUACGGAAUUCAGGGUCAGAACCUCAAUGUCAAAAAAAAUCCUCCUCAAGAUGAAACAGCAUUUUCAAUUUUGGAAUAACUCUUUACUUAGAACUCUGGAUCAUUUCAUUGGAUUUGCACUCGUGAUUUGUUUUUUUUCAAUAACAUGUAUUAAUGAGUAUGUCGUCAGUAGACACCAGAGAAAGGUCAACUCUGUGAGUAUAGUCAACGGCAGACUCAUAACAAGAUAAUCCCUGAUGUCACAAAAUUUCUACUCCUUCAAAUAUACUUCUACUUUGAGUAAUGACCAUUAUAACCACCUUGCAAUGUCUGUUCUCAGGGUAUUAGUACUAGUUUAGACGG